AUGGUUAAGCUAAGUUGUGGUCCUAUUUUACUAGCUCUGGUUCUUUGCAUCAGCCUAACCUCAGUUGCCAACGCACAGCAGUGCGGAAGGCAAAGGGGAGGAGCGUUAUGUGGCAACAACUUAUGUUGCAGCCAAUUCGGGUGGUGUGGAUCGACACCCGAAUAUUGUUCACCUAGCCAAGGUUGCCAGAGCCAGUGUACUGGAAGUGGACCAGAUCCAGGCCAAGGGGGCAGCGCGCAAAACGUUCGUGCAACAUAUCAUAUAUAUAACCCACAGAAUGUUGGGUGGGAUUUGAAUGCUGUUAGCGCUUACUGUUCUACUUGGGAUGCUAAUAAGCCUUACGCCUGGCGGAGUAAGUAUGGUUGGACUGCUUUUUGUGGUCCAGUCGGACCUCGUGGUCGUGACUCGUGCGGAAAGUGCUUAAGGGUGACAAAUACACGUACAGGAGCUCAAACGACGGUGAGAAUCGUGGAUCAAUGCAGCAACGGCGGACUAGAUUUGGACAUUAACGUUUUUCAACAAAUCGAUACAGAUGGAGUAGGAAAUCAACAAGGACACCUUAUUGUGAACUACCAAUUUGUUAAUUGUGGUGACAAUGUCAAUGUUCCUCUGCUUUCUGUAGUUGACAAAGAAUGA